AUGGAGAAGAAGAACUGCUCGGUGGUGACUGAAUUCAUCCUGCUGGGGAUUCCACACACAAAGGGGCUGGAGACUAUGCUUUUUGUCUUGUUCUUACCCUUCUAUGCCUGCACCCUGCUAGGAAAUGUGUCCAUCCUCAUGGCUAUUCUUUCUUCCACUCGCCUUCACACACCCAUGUAUUUUUUUCUGGGGAACUUGUCUGUGUUUGACAUGAGUUUCUCUUCUGUGACCUGUCCUAAAAUGCUGUUGUACCUCAUGGGACUGAGCCCACUCAUUUCCUAUAAGAGUUGUGUCUCCCAGCUCUUCUUCUUCCAUUUCCUUGGCAGCAUUGAAUGCUUCUUGUAUACCGUGAUGGCCUAUGACCGCUUCACUGCUAUCUGUUACCCUCUGCGGUACACAGUCAUCAUGAGUCCUAGAAUCUGUGGGGCCCUGGCUGCAGGCACAUGGCUGUUAGGGUGUAUCCAUUCCAGUAUCUUGACUUUCCUCACCUUCACUUUGCCAUACUGUGGUCCCAAUGAAGUGGAUCACUUCUUUUGUGACAUUCCGGCACUUUUGCCACUGGCCUGUGCUGAUACAUCCUUAGCCCAGAGGGUGAGUUUCACCAACGUUGGCCUGGUGUCUCUCCUCUGCUUUCUCCUAAUCAUUUUAUCCUACACUCGAAUCACCAUCUCUAUCUUGCAUAUUCAUUCAACCGAAGGCCGCCGCCGGGCCUUCUCCACUUGUAGUGCCCACCUCAUUGCCAUCCUUUGUGCCUAUGGACCCAUCAUCACCGUCUACUUGCAGCCCACGCCUAACCCCAUGCUGGGAACUGUGGUGCAAAUUCUGAUGAACCUCGUAGGACCAAUGCUGAAUCCUUUGAUCUAUACCUUGAGGAAUAAGGAAGUGAAAACAGCCCUAAAAAUAAUUUUGCACAGGACAAGCCACAUUCCUGAGAGCCAGUAAGAGUGGAUGGAUAGGUAUACAACAUGGAAUUUCUUUCUGGCCCAACAUGCAAAAUACCCUUCUGGAAUCCUCAUGUGUAACUUUUCAGCACACAAUGAAGAGCAUGGCUGACUCUAUCAUACUUCAUUUUUUUGUCUAUUUUAUUUUUUUGGUUUACCUGAAGUACACUCUCCUAGCUUCAAGAUAACAGUCUGGGUUGCUGUUGUUUUGUUUUUCUUCUGUGGAGAACCUCCUGCCACUAAAAGGAAGAAAGAUGAUCUUGCUCCUGCAGCAUUUGUCUACAUUUUUCAGCUCAUGUCCCUCUAAACUAUGUGUCAGACCAAGUUAUAAG